CAAGAACAGAAGAUGAUGCAUUUCCAUAUUGCAAGCCAGAGUCAAAGACAUUGAAAAUCGUCAAUCGUCGAUGCUAAACGAAAUAUUCCCCUCAAUACGAUCCUUAUGUUUAGGUGGCCUUUGGCGUCUGGUCCCUCCCCCGUUCUGUAACUACUUGAGCUUUACAAACCAGAAUGGAACGCGCACGCGCUUGCCAGAAGCAAAAUGAGCAUGCGAAGUUCUAUCUUCAUCGUGGUCGUUUCUAAAUCGCAUGUCGCCAAGAACCUUGCUCAUGAACAGUUCUUACAACUGUCAGGACCGGAAAAAGAACCCGAAUCCGGUAAAAGGCCGCAAAGAUGGAACAACAGAAUAGACGGAUGUUGACGUGGAGUAGCGCAACCACGGAAGAAGAUUCUUGAUGCUCGUCAAGCGCAAGAAGAGAACGAUGACACGUCUCGUGGAACGCCGCACGACAGGUGCUGGAGGGCUCCAGUUGCACGCUCGGAACAAAAUUCGGAAAACGUCGAUUCUGGUGAAGCGAUAUGGAUCCAGUAGCGAGAAGGCGGAGGCACUUGAAGAUCAUGUUUCUGUUUCAUUGACACAGAAGUCGAAGUCCUCUGCCCUGCUGCUACACGAAGAAGUAGAUGUUGCUAGGAAGCAGGCAGGGGAAGAGACACUGGAAGCUCGAGGAACGCGCUCUCGGAAUCGUGCAGAAGUAGGAGCUUCCCUUCUACGCCCGGACGAACAACGAACACGUACUCGUCAGCAUCAUAAAGAUGAUGCUACAGGGACAGCAGGAAAUAAAGCACCAACCGCAGAGUCACAGGAAGAGGAAUGGAGACCACAGUUUUCACUCCUUCAAGCCGCAACGGCAGACGACCCAUACGUUGUAGGUUCGCUUCCUGAUCCUGACGUGCAGCGCAAGGCGACAACCACGACGCUUACUACUAUUACUAGCAACUGGGCUAAAAAUAAUUUCCAAGGACAAAAAGAAAAUGGGACAGAGCAAGAGCAACAGCAAGAUGACGGCCCGCGAGGAACCGCACUGCUGACACGACCGCAAGCCAAAAUAUUAAACCGAGUGUCUACAACAAGCACGCUGGUUGCUGCGGACAGAAGUAAAGGCGAAUUUUCCCUGGUGGAACAGGAACACCGGCUAAAACCAAAAAGCGGGCAAAGCUUAUUAUCUAUGCGAAAGACAAAGAAGUUGAAGUCCGAAUCCCCCCAGAACCUCCCGCCUUCCGAAGCGCCAGCGCCAGAGCUGCAAUCCGAAUCCCCCCAGGAGCUGCAGCCUUCCGAAGGAGCACCAGCGCCAGAGCAAUCCGAACCCCCCCAGGACCUCCAGCCCGCCUUUGCACCAGCACCAGAGCAUGAGGUUGUGUUUGAGGACCACCCUGAGCUGCUAGGAGGCGGUAGCAGAGACUCUGCAAAAGAAGCUCAUUACCCUUCUCGAUUAGGUGGCGAAAAUCACAACCUGAUUGGCACGUCGGGGUCGGUAACGACACCCGGGCCAGACGAUAAAAUAAAAAAUGGCCCCCUCCUCGGCGGGGGGACCGCCACCAGUCCGCCUGGAGGCGGGGAAGGUAAUUGUCUCUGUGCGCUGUGGAUCAGCUUGACGGUUAUCCUGGUCGGCGGCGGCAUUGCGGGGGCUAUCGUGUGGUACGUCAAGGAAUCCCGUAAAAGAGAAGAGAAACGGCAGCGGCUGCAGGAGAAGCAGGCCAAGAAAGCGCGGCGGGAACACCUGAAACAGCUGAAGCUGCCGGUGCUGCCCAUUGCGCCGCUCCUCCAGCCGAGUGACUUUCAGCACGCACUCGUGGGCCAGUCCGACUCCGACGAGGAAGUCGAGGAACCGGAGUCCUUCCUGAUGACCCGGCCGCAAGUCCUGGAGGUGCAACUCAAUCGGAAGUACAAAGACCGCUUUGUCUUUCUCGACGUCUCCGACAGAGACUAUGCCCGGCAGAGUCACUUAGCUUUGACAAGUGGAACCGACACGGGUGACGCAGUGGACUACAUGGUUUCAACAAACAGCUUAUCAUACAGGAAAACGCUGACAAAGUUUUACUGGACAGGUCGCAAUGGACAAGAAUCAUCAGCAUGAAGAGUUUUGCGUCAAGGUCUGGAUGAGCGAUGCUUGAUUUCAUCCCAACUUGCAUAGCGCAGGAGAAAGAUCUUCUUCUCCUUAGACGUGGGCGAUGAUGAUAGACUUACAUUUAUUUUAAUUUUUCAUUUUCUGCAUCACUCUCACUCAGUAAGAACAGUACACCUACACAGUCACAGACGCACUGAUUUGCCAUUUGUGACACGACGAACCCGGACGCUGCGCUGCGCAUUUCCGUAUGAUACAGCUUCCAACUUCAGUACGAGCUUCCUGCCCCAGAAGAGGUCAUGGACCAAGGCGUUCCCACUGUCGUACUCUUUCUGGGCUACACCAUCCCGAUUGCAGUCGUUCGCGAGCGCCCCCCGAUGGGGGCCCACGAUGGAGUGGGGUCAAAUUUUUCCGAGGCACGUGUCUGGGAAGUUUUUACACUGUACGCCAAUAUUUUUCACCAGCUUGCUCGGCCCGGCGAGCAGUACAAGACGAAGUUUUUAUUUCCUUUCGGUAUGCAUUGCAAAUAUGUCUGGGUCUGGAAGAAUGCAAAUCUGUGAUGCGCAUUUCACAACAUACAAAAAUCUCUCAUGCAUAGGCAGCAAAAGCUGCCCACUUUCUGCCACCAAAAUGGGGCAUUUGUCAUGCGGUUUCGGCAUUGCGGAAGCUUCUCGAAAUCUGUGAUGCUAGAGCUUCCAUGCCAGACCUUCUGUGUCAUGCAAGAGCAGCAUGACUCUUCCACACCCAGACACUUUUGCAGUUGAUAUUCGGCGAAUUGGUGCAAAGUGCCGACAAUCCAGACCGCUUCGAGUGGUUCCCGGGCACGCGGUCCGCUUACUAUCACAAGAAAAAAGUGUUACAGUUACCCAUUGUGUUGCAAGAUCGGCAACACAGACAACCUGUCUCAUGCAGGAAAUGCUUGGGAGCCUCGUUUCCUUCCUGUUUUCCCUUAUGAUCUUCGCAUUACAAGUUUUCUCUGCCACACAGAGAAAAUUUGUGAUGCAAAAACUCCAACGAGUGUGUAACUGUAACACUUUUUUCUCAUGAUACUUACGGUGCCCCAGCCGCUACCGCAGAUGCAGGAGACAGCACAGCAGCUGGUGCAGACAACUCUAGUAGUGCCGCCGGGAGCACUACCACAGAACAGCCCGUUAAUACAGCAGGAGAGGCCCCCCUGGCAGAGCACGGUUAUGAUUCCUCGAGGAAAACGGUUGAUGCAUCUUCUGCACCAACCGCUCGCUGGAUCAUAUACCGUCCGAGCCUGAGCGACCAACGAAGUACUUCGACAUUUACCGCCACACCAGCCACAACCUUCCCCGGAACCACGACCGGGGAAAUGCAGAUCUCGCCACGGAGCCAAAGCCUGGAAUUCCCCGCGGCGUUUAUGACUUCGGACAUGCUGCGAGAGCGAAAUCCAGCCCUGAGGGACAUACGAGAGGCAGAAUCACUUUUGAGCGCGUUGAACACCAUUUUGGAAUUGGGCCCGGUGCGACUGCUUUCCAAAGUAGAAAAAGUAAAAACCGACGCCAACAGCGACACCAAGACAACUUCAGAGGUCCUCGUCGCGCAAAAUAAGGACAACGCCGCAAGAACUACGGCAGGAGCUUCAGCUCGCUCCAUUUCGUCGACGGCCAAAACCAGGGCAGAUGCUGCACAGCCCUUGCUGGAAGAAUCAAGCACGACCGCGGCAGGUGGGACCGGGGAGACGGGAGCGGCCCCUGUUGCUGCUGCGCCAGCUGCGUCUUCUACGACAGCAACCGGCGACGUAUCUUCCCCCGGGGUCUCGAUGCCCCCGACGGCGGGCGUCAACGUAGUUGUCCAACAUACUCCCAAAGCGCAUAGCACGUCUGGAAAAGUUGCGUUGCUUUCGAAGCAGAUAAUGAAGAUGAAAAGCAUCGGACGCAGGGCCAAGAAAUCACCUAAAUCUAGAUCUGCCAGCAAGGACACAGCAACUGCACCCUCCGCAGCUUCGGGGGCGACAACAUCCGCGGAAAGUAAGUCAGGCACUAGUACUAGUAGUGCAAUCAUCAAGGGCGGGGGCGCAUCCUCAACAGCGGUUCCGAGCACCAAAUCAGCCGCUAGCAGUAUCACUACGAAUACUCCUUCUGUCGCAGCAGCUGCGCCAAGUGGAGUAGUGGCAGCUGCACCCAGUCAGGCUCACUCCAUAAUUCCCAGUCAUCUGUCUUCACCUUCCGCAGGAGGUCUGCCCAGCCACGCAGCGACGACAACGCCAACGCCUUCCAGUCGCGUCGUCGGAUCCCCGUCUGUGUCUGUUUCUUCUCCCAGCACCAAUACUAGCCAAAUUUCAGCAACCCACGUUACCGUGCCGGCUCCGCAAGCGACCACCAGCACCACGCCAGGAGCGGGUGCCAGUCCUCCGCAGGGGAAGCAGGUUGCGAAGGAUUUGUCAAAAGUUGAUGAAGCAUUAAAAACCGGUGGAGCAGAAGGAAGAUCAGACCAAGCUGAGGGCGCGGACCACGGAACUGCUUCCGCAAUUAUGCCGAAGGAGUAUAAAAAUGCGAUCAACAAAAGUCACAACAAAGACAGAAAAAAACUCACCAAAAAGAGAAGCAGAAGCGCCCUUCAACCCGAAGGUGAAGGUGCGGCAGAGGAAGUACUACAAGUGGAGGAAGGACAUCAGCAACAAGAUGUUGUUCCGGCACUGGAAACAGAGCAGAAGCUACAGACCAAUCGAGACAUCACCUCAAAUACGGGCACGGCCAAAAACGGAGCACCGCCGCAAGCUGGGCCGAACCUCCGAAAAAGCGGCCCUAGUAUAAUAUCAAAAAAUCCGACGUCGAACACAUCAAUAAGUGCUUUGAUCGGUGCAGGAGAGGUCGUUCCGCAGGAACUCGAGGCAGCUGCCAGAGGUGCUGUGCAACAGCACGCAGAGCAAAUGCAAAAUAGUCCUCGUAACAUCAAGAAAAGAACAACCGCCCCCGGAGGAAACACGACAACUACUUCGAUACGGAUGAGACGUCCUCGAGACCGUUACCAGAUCUUUGACAAUGCGACGGGGGAGAUCACCGCGGAACUGUUCGAGUCGCACGCGCUGCUAGUUCACACGGGGGCGGACUUGGCACAAGUCCUCCUUCUUCUCGCGGCGGUGGGCGGGCUCGAUCGACACGUGGUGGGCAUGCCUGCUGCCCCAGCCGAGGAUCUUCCCGGCGAGACGACCGCGACCGGAACUUCUACAGAGGGGCAAGGUCACGACCCUGGUAGACGCUCGGAGCAACAGAUGAGAACCGGUGGAGCCUAACCCUAAGAAGUGGUAGUCAGUGUAGUGCAAAGGCACGGAUCUCGUCUACUGUCCUUCGAUACGAUAAACUAUACUCGAGGUGGUCGAGCUACAGCUACUUCUACUUGUGCUUGGGCAUUGCAGAAAUUGUAGUAGUCCAACGCAAAUGGAAAUGCAAGAUUUUGUAGCCUAUUUGGGGACAAGGGGCUAGGCCUGAGGUAGAGGUUUGAUACCGCAGCGAUUCGACGUUUUUGGUUUUUGAUGAGCCUUAAUGUUGCCUUACGGUCACUCAGAGGUGCGUGCCGCACUAGAAAUUGAAACGUCAAGGAGCUAGGUGACAUCGACGUAAUGGAGUUGUGUUGCACUUGCUACUUCCCGUUAGUAGACUUCGUUUCCAAUGUAGUAAUGUGAAAAAUCUAU